CCAGGGCAAAGAAGGCAGCUGAGAAAGAGGCCAAAGCAAAAAAGCAGAAAGCACCAAAGCCUACGAAGAAGCCCAAACUGCCAAAACCCACCAAGAAACCAAAACCAACAAAAAAGCCAAAGGCACCCAAACCCGCUAAGAAACCCAUAACUACACCCACAGUGCAGCCGGAUAUCCAGCCUCCCUCUCGGGAGGAGGAAAAGGAGAAGCCACUGAUUGAACUAGGCUCAGACACGAUCUUUAGAAAGCCUUUAGAGCCAGCUCUAACCCCUGUGGAGCCUCUAGAGCCAGACCUGACCCCGAUGAAGCCUGUAGAGCCAGACCUGACCCUGAUGAAGCCUGUAGAGCCAGGCCUGACCCUGAUGGAGCCUGUAGAGCCAGGCCUGGAUGCUAAAAAGAAGGCAGAGGUCACAACUACUGAAGUCAUCAUGUACAUACCAGAGGAAACCACUACCCCGUAUGCAGAUCCCUGGUAUGAAGACUAUGACUACACUGACUUGGCAGUGAAGAAACAGGAGGAAGAGGAGGAGAGAGCUCGAAAAGAGAAGGCGGAAAAAGCUGAGCAGCUGAAGAAAACAUGGGAGGAAGAAGAGGAGGAGAGACUGAAGAAGGCUUCAGUGGCAGCUGAGCCAAAAAACUGUCCUCCUCUGGGCUUGGAGUCUCACCGGGUGGAAGACGACCAGCUUCUGGCUUCUUCUCAGUCCCACCAUGGCUUCUCAGCUCAGAGGGGUCGACUGAACAUGCAGACCUCUGAGAAUGAAGAUGACCUGUAUGGCGGUGCAUGGUGUGCAGAGUCCGAAGAAAAAGACCACUGGUUUCAGGUUGAUGCACGCCGAGAGGUGGAAUUCAGUGGUGUCAUCACACAGGGAAGGAAUUCAGAGCAACAUGAGGAUUUCGUGUUGUCGUACUUCGUGGCCUUCAGUAACGACAGCCGUGACUGGACAGUGCUGCACGACGGCUACGCUGAAUGGUUGUUCUAUGGGAACGUGGAUAAGGACACACCGGUGAUGAGUCAGUUCAAUGGUCCUGUGGUGGCUCGGUACAUCCGUAUCAUGCCUCAGAGCUGGAAUGGCAGUCUGUGUCUGAGAGCUGAGGUCCUGGCCUGCCAGCUGCCCAGUCACUACCACAGUGAAAAUGAGGUCAGUCCUUCAGAUAAUCUGGAUUUUAAGCAUCACAACCAUAAGGACAUGAGACAGAUGAUGAAUGUGAUCAAUAAGGAGUGUCCCAACAUCACCAAGAUCUACAACAUCGGGAAAAGCUCAAAAGGCCUGAAAAUAUAUGCCAUGGAGAUCUCUGAUAACCCAGGCGAACAUGAGACGGGCGAGCCUGAAUUUCGCUAUACAGCUGGUCUUCAUGGUAAUGAAGCUCUGGGUCGAGAACUUCUUCUGAUGCUGAUGCAGUUCUUGUGCAAAGAAUAUAAAGAUGAAAACCCAAGAGUACGCCGCCUGGUGGAUGGAGUGAGGAUUCACUUGGUUCCCUCGCUGAACCCUGACGCGUAUGAGCUGGCCUAUGAGAUGGGCUCAGAGAUGGGGAACUGGGCGUUGGGUCAUUGGACUGAAGAAGGUUAUGACAUCUUCCAGAACUUUCCAGAUCUUAACAGCAUCUUGUGGGGAGCUGAGGACAGAGGCUGGGUGCCUCGUGUAGUACCCAAUCAUCACAUCCCCCUCCCAGAAAACUUCCUUAAUGGUUCUAUUGCAGCUGAGACAAAAGCUAUUAUUUCCUGGAUGGAGCGAAAUCCAUUUGUAUUGGGGGCUAAUUUGCAAGGAGGAGAAAAAAUGGUGCUUUACCCUUUUGACAUGCAACGUCCACCAUUUUCUCGACAGAAUGAAGGAGCUCUGAGGGAGACUCCUGAUGACGCCAUGUUUCGCUGGUUGGCGAUGUCCUAUGCCCACAGCCACCUUACCAUGACAGAGACUUACAGAGGGUCCUGCCAUGGCGAUGAUGUCACAGGGGGCCAAGGCAUCAUUAACAGAGCCAGUUGGAAACCAGUGGUUGGUAGUAUGAACGACUUCAGCUACCUGCACACUAACUGCUUUGAGCUCUCUAUUUUCCUCGGCUGUGACAAGUUUCCCCAUGAAAGUGAGCUGCCUCUUGAGUGGGAGAACAACCGUGAGGCUCUGCUGUCCUUCAUGGAACAAGUGCAUCGAGGAAUAAAAGGUGUAGUGAGAGACGUGGAGGGAAAUCCGCUGCCUAAUGCCACAAUAUCUGUGGAGGGAGUGAAGCAUGAUGUCAGAACUGCUGCUGGUGGGGAUUAUUGGCGGCUGCUGAAUCCAGGUGAGUACAAGGUGACAGCCAAAGCAGAUGGACACACUCCGCAGACACGGCUCUGCAUGGUGGGCUACGACACCGGAGCCACGUCCUGCAGCUUCACCUUAGCCAAAUCCAACUGGGACCGCAUAAAGCAAAUCAUGGCACUCAACGGGAACAGGCCCAUACGACUGGUCACCAAACCAAAGAUGGUGAAAGCAACUACGCCGAGCAUCACAGCCGACACCAGCACCUCUGCAGGGACGGACGCUCAUGCCAGUGCUCAGAAUGCAGAACGACUCAGGCGGCUGCGGCUCAUGCGUUUACGCAGAAUGCAGAGAUUUCGAGCCAGAACCUCUACUACAACUACAACAACCACAACCACCACAACUACCACCACACCACCUGAAACCAAAAGAACCACCUCCUGGUACGACUCCUGGUUCCCUGUGGACAGCUGGACAGAGAACCCAUUCGACAGCAUCAACAUGGACUCAGAGCCCACACAGGACUAUCACUUUGAAUACAGUAUUGACUGAUUACCACACGUCAAUCCAUUAUUACCCAUCUAUACACAAGUCCUCAUUAACCACAAGUUUGACAAGCUUCACAUAGUUUUCACAUCUUGUGUGACUGGAAGGGAUGCGUUUUUUUUAGCAAGUUUGCAAAAAAUACUGUAAAUAUUUUGAUAAAAACUUCAACUCUGAAUUUAUCUGCAGAGCAGAAACUACAGCACACGUUUGAUCGGCUCCAUGUCAAACUGUUUUAGUUUGAACAUGUAUUUGUUUCUUUCAAGGCUUCCCACUGCUGGCCUCGGUUUAACCUGUCAUC